CAUAACACAUGACACAAGCAGAGGUAGGGUGUGAAUAGGCUGUGAUGAAUUACGGUUCCACCCUGAGCAUACAGGGGAUAGUACAGGAGGCUACCCAUAUCCAUCGCAUAACCGCAGCGAUAGCCGUCUUGUUAUCUACCCGUACCCCGAUCGCGCGCGUCUCGGUAGUCGGGGGCAAACAGAUUUAUUGAGGGAUAUGUUAGAUAUCCUAGGAGUCGUGAGAGGGACACUUUGUUGACAAGGCCCGUGUUGGCAACACUUGCUUGUUUCCCGUUGUUUGGAUAACAAUCUGUGAGAGGAUAAAAGUUUUUACAGGUUAAAUUUCAGUUGUCAUGACUGACAAAAUGUUCUUUGAAUUGUGAAGUAAUUCAAGUGGUUGAUUUGUGUUCAAUAACUUACAAACAAUUCUAUACAGCGUUUGACAAGUUUGAGAAAAUGUGAAACUGUUUUUCGGAGCCGGAUAUAGAAAUGAAGUGAUGACAAUGAAAAUCUAUUAAUAUCAUUAUGUGGACUGCGACAAGGGGAAUAUUUCUGUCUUUCACUGUUUUGGAGCUUUGCUGAAUUAUAUUUCGGGAGUAUCCAGACUUGAAAUUAUUUGUGUUGGUACAUUCUGCAGCUGACAGUGACAUGGGGAUUAGUUGAAUGUAACAUUCAUUUUCAGAAUUAUAGUGUGGUUCUUCUUGAACAGUGUACAACCUAAUUUCAAAAUGGUGUUACUCGGAAAUGGAAGUUGGUCCGAUCAGGCCAAUAUGCAGACCAAAGUGUCUGGAAGCUGGUCGGAACAAGCUAUGUCGCUCCUGUUGCAGAAGAAACUGCAAGAAAACAGAUUAAUGGAGUUGCAACGCGCACCUGCCAAACCAAAGACAUAUCACUUGGCGCCUUCACACACAGACCAUCACGUGCAUUCUCAGUCUACAAAGAAAUCAGAAAUGGAUAAGUAUGAAAGAAUUAUGAAGAUUGGAGAGGGUUCGUAUGGUGUUGUUUUCAAGUGUCGUCACAGAGAAACUGGACAAUUGGUGGCCAUUAAAAAAUUCGUGGAGUCUGAAGAUGACCCUCAGAUCCGAAAGAUUGCAUUGAGGGAAGUGCGGAUGUUAAAGCAAUUGAAACACGAAAAUUUAGUAUCAUUGCUGGAGGUGUUCCGGAGAAAGAAGAAACUUCACCUGGUGUUCGAGUAUGUUGAUGACACACUCUUGGGGGAGCUGGAGAGGAACCCUAGAGGGGUAAAAGAAAAAGAAACAAAAAAACUUGUAUAUCAAGUGAUUCAAGCUGUCAAGUUCUGUCAUCAACACAAUGCUAUUCACAGAGAUGUAAAGCCAGAAAACAUCCUCAUCACCAGACAUGGGGUCGUCAAACUAUGUGAUUUUGGUUUUGCAAGGACAGUCACUGGUCCCGGAGAUGAGUACACAGACUAUGUUGCCACACGUUGGUACAGAGCCCCAGAGUUGCUAGUCGGAGAUACCCAGUACGGCCCCCCUGUUGAUGUGUGGGCCAUCGGCUGUGUGCUGGCCGAACUCAUGACCGGAGAAGCCUUGUGGCCAGGACGGUCAGAUGUGGACCAGUUAUUCCUCAUCAGAAAAAGUCUAGGGGAUUUACUGCCUCGGCAUUUAGAAAUCUUUAACAGUAACAGUUUCUUCAAGGGGAUGACAAUUCCUGAACCAACACACAUGGAACCUCUUGAAUCCAAGUUUAAAGAUCAAAAUCCUAUCGCAGUCCAUUUCUUAAUGUGUUGUCUAGUAAUGGACCCUGACAAACGCCACACGUGUCAGCAGUUGUUGGAGCACAAGUACCUGGACUCAACAAGGGAGGGGCUCGAGAGCCGGCCAGUACAUCGACAUCAUCCUCAUCGCUUCAGGCGGCCCCCAGUACAGAAACAAUGGGUAGUUCCUUCACUGCCAACCUUGCAGCCAAAUCCUUUGUCGAACUCUCCAAACCCAGGGAAUAUGGGAAGGAUUCCACGUUAUGCGAACCACAGAGGUGACCAUCUUCCCAACAUCUGAAUUUUAGGCCAAGGGUGCACUCGUCCAGACGGCAACUGAGGGGUUGUUUGUCUGGCCAGCUCCUGGUGGCCAUGUCCUGUUGUGUGGGAGCAGCAGAGCAUGUGUUAUUUUGCACUUUUUUGCUUAAAAAAAGGACAGAGUUUUGCUUGUUAACUUCUUACUCUACGCACUAGGAUCUUCUGAAGGUGUUACGUAUCCGGGCUUCAGGGAGACGUCGGCGGUACGUCCUGCACAGUGUCAUCCAGGAAUAUACUGGACAGUGGAUUCAUGUUGAGCAAAGAAGACUGAUAUCAGUCUCUCCGUGAUAUUUGUGUGUUUCCCAUAUCCAGGCAUGGGUUCAGAUGGAUUGGGCAGGUGGGCAGAUGAAAAUGACAAAAAAAUACUUUGUUUCGAGAAUAUUACUGAUAUCUUGUGUAAAUUUGACGUGUAACAAUUGCUGUAUAAUUAUUAGGAGAACAUUAAAGGGGGAAGCAAAGUUACUUCUAUUCUAUGAAUAAACUGUACUAAUGAAUACAGCCUAUAUUUUACAUGAAAUGUUAUUUGUCUGACUGGAUAUGAGACACACACAAAAAUACAGAUAGUCUGAUAGGACAGUCCUGGUUCACUGCUCUCUGGACAUUUUUAUUUUAAAUGUUUGAAGUAAAUAAUCCUGUGAAAGUGUCUGAAAUAUUAAGCUGUGUUAAACAUUACAAAAAAUAUAUUAAAAUUAAUUUAAUACUUAUUGGUUUUAAGCAUUGCUUAUGUAUUUUUGAAAUGUUAAAUCAAAAUAGGCAUAGAUUAAAACUAUUCAAUAUUGUCCAUUAUGUGAAGACAGUGAAUUUUCUCAAUCUGAAAGUAAUAUUAAUAUGCAAAGAACACAUGGACUCCCUACUUGUACAAACCCUCUCGCAACAAAUAUAAAUAUUUUUAUUAAAUUAUCCUUGUAGGUUUAGAUAGAGGUAUAUUUUGUUGUACUCAGGUGAUCGUGUAGCAAGGCAGAGCAUCGUACAGGAUUAUUUUGUGACUGUAUGUGGAAAUGUUGCUAGCUAAUGUCCAGUUCCGUGGUCCACAUGCACAUAUAUAUGAGGAUCCUCAUUCCACUUAUGCAUUCACAAGUUUGCUUACAAACAUCAAAUCUCAUGAACUGACAAUUUUCAAUUUUAGAAGCACUUCCAGCCCAUUUCAUCUUGCUUGUGUUUCCAUGUGCUGUAGUUGUGUUAUGCUUGUGUUUCCUAUGGCUAAUUCUCUAUGCGGGUAGUAACCACUGUGCCUGAACUGAUCAACAGGGUUUGAUCAUUGCCACAGGUGUUUUGAAUAUUUGUUUUGCUCUUUAUGAUUUAAAUGAUGGCAUGACAGAUUAUCUGAACUGAUUAAGUCUGUGAUACAUAGUUCACAUUUCAAGUUGGUGUUAUUAAUAUUCAUUGAUAAUCACAUGGAAUUUAAUCAGUCUUUUCGUUUUGUAAGAAAUCUAUUUCAAAUGGGUUUAUGAUUAACAAUAGGGACUACUUUCGAAAUUCAUAUUUGAAAUACACUAUUAGGAAUUGGAAUGUAUGUAUUUUUUAUGAUUUGAAAUGUUAUGUCUUUUUCUGGCUGUAUCUCACGAAUGUGUACUUUGAUGUGUACUGGCACUUAGCUGGCUUUCUGGGGUGUACUUGUAUCAGCAAGGAAGCUGGCUUGUUGCACGCGUUCACACCCAUCAACAACCUGUUGUCUCCCUCAUGACAAGGAUCUGGGUCAAUGUAAGGUAUAUAAUUCUCAGUCUCAACCUUAGAUGUUAUAGCAUUUAUACUACAUUGAAUUUCCAUGGACAUCUGUAUUUAUUGUUGAUGAAUGUCCGGGAAUCUUCACAAAUUCACUUGAACACUUUUUCAUUGUAAAGGAAAUCCCAAUGUAUGACCUCUACACCAGCUCAAAUCACAAUACUGUUACUAUUAAGAAGCACCUUUUUAAAGAUUCUUGAUAAUCAACAUCGUUCAUAACUCAUGUGAAGAAUAUCUUCUGUUUAAUAUUUGUUAUCAUUGAGACAUGAUGGUCAUGUUGUUGCUUCAUCCUGUGUCAGAUUCCUCUUUGGUCACAAUGCCAUUAAACUCAGAUCUUUUUACUCUGGUCUAUCUCAAGUAGGCCAUGUCAGGUGAAUUUCCAUGUCAGCCAUGCGGACGGGAGGCUCCAAAUUGUUGGUGUGAACCAGUCCUGGAACAACAUGUCUGAUUUCUGUGUCUUGAAAAGGAAUAUGAACAGGCAGUUACAAAUGGAGAAUAAUAAGGGUAGGGCUUUGUCCAGGAUAUUUUACACCUUUUCUGUAUAGUAUGUUGAUAAUAUUUGCUUUAAAUAUGGGUUUUCUUGUUAAGACUGAAGUUUGUGGAGAAGAUACAGAAGGUAAAAGGAUUUACUAAGCAGAAACUGGAACAGAAUUAGGAAGAGAAGACAAAGGAAUGUAAUGAAGCCCAAUGGUUUUAGAAAGCUGACAUCCACCUGCCUGAAGUAUCCACACAUCCUUUAUUGCGUGUAUUUAGAUCGGGUAGUCAAAUUUGGCUCCGGAUUCACCUAACAUAAGCUUUGGUAUGUCAGAAAAACAGAUCUGAUUUUAAUGAGGUUGUCAUGUACACUGAUGCAGAAUUGGAGAGUGCCUCAACACACUGUAUGGCAGCUGCAACGUAGGAGUAAUCCUCAUUCAAUGUGGUCUUAGGAGGCCUCCAACUUUGUACAGACUUAGGCAGGGAUAAAGCAGCUGUUGGGGCAUUUAGCUCACUUUCCUUUCUGUUUUACUUGGCUGUUGUGUACAUACAUUUAAGUGUACCUGUGAUUGAAGACUAUGAAGCAUGGUGGAUUUGAUUAUGCCCAGGUUCUAUUCCUACAGUACUGUCUUACAGCAAGCACCUGCUCCACUGGCCUCGGCCACAUUUUCAAGUUGGACCUGCAUUUUCAAUCUGGAUUGUAUUUUUAUGUUUGGUAUUUGGGAAAGUAAGGACCUGACAUAUCAGAAAACAGUGGUAACCUUUCAAUGCCAGUAAAGGUUUUUCCUCAUGGACACUUUCACUUGACAUGUAUGAAUUCAUGAAAUAUUUUAUUUCAUGUUUCUGUUUAAUUUUUUUUCUUGGUUAUGAAUUUUUUUAUCAAUAAGGGAAAGAAUUUUGUUGUUGAAAGAAUGUAUUCAUUAUGUAUUCAUUCAUAUAUAAAUAAUGAUGAUGAUGUGUUACCUCUAUUUUGGUCACAAUUUCUGUAUGUAAUUGAUGUUGUAUGGUCAUUUACAUCUCAGCCAUCUCUCUGUUUACUUUAAUACGAACAAAGUUUGGGGUAUUUUCUCACACUUUCAUAGACUGAUACCAAAUUAUAGGACUUAUUUGACAAAUUUUGGAAGAUCGAUUUUACUGAAUAAAGUACACUAAGUUGGGUUCUGGAACAUAUCCUGUUAACAUGAAAGUGCUUCUUUGUUUCAUUGUUGUGUUAUGUUGUCACCUGUUGUUAUUCUGUUACUAUGGUUACCAUUUCAUUGAAUCAUGUUACUAUCACUAUGACAACUGUAUGCAUCAUCACACUGUGCUAUAGUCACCUGCAAGCUGGACUUCUGGAAAUACGAGACGGAGUGUCAGUUAUGCAUUAUAUUGUCAUUGUUUUGUCAAAUUGUUAACUUGAUCAUUAAUCCAUUAUCAUGAUUGUCAUACUUCCUGGUCAUGUCUUUUAAAACAAAGGUUUAUUGGGGGUACAUACAGAGUUUAAUAGGCUUGCUGUUGAGAUCACUAGGAAUUUUCUUCAGACAGCCUUACUGAGGCAAUUGUAAAGAAUAUUUUUAUUGAUGCUAGAUAUUACAGAUCAUUUCUCAACCAAAGGUUAUUCAGCUGUAAAAUCAAUCUUAAACACAUAUAUUCUAUUAUUUCACAAACACAAACUUAUGGAACUCUUACGUUUCUAUUCUUUUUCCUUCUUGAUGGAGUAGAAAAAAAUAUUUUAUGUGUUCAUUUCAUAGACCAUCCAGGAUACUGAUAAUAUUCUGUUGUGAACUAACACUUAUGAUAGCAAUGUUUAAUUAUGUUAAUGUUAAUUCUAACAUGAAAUUGGAAAAUAUGCAAUUUUUAUUGGUCAGAGGUUUCAAAUCAAAGUAACAAUCUCUGAUUGAAACAGCUGAUUUGCUGAUUUCUUUCUCACAUUUUGAAUAUGUUACAACAAUAUUCGGAAAUAUGUGUGGCAAUACAUUUUGAGUAGAAUGAUAUCAGUAAGUUAGGUAACAACAGAUAGCUUCAAAUAUGAAGUUUUUGUAAAUCAGACAGUGACAUAUGUUUUGGCAUCACGAUGAGCGUUGUGCUGUCAUUUUAGUGAUGGUAGGACUAAACCUUGCAGAACUUGCUUAAUUGUCGUUAGAGCCAGUUUAACAAAGGGCAUAACCAAGUCAAGGCCUGAUCUGGAGGUGUUGACGUUAGGGCCAUGGAAAUGGAGUAUUCUACCUCCCCCCACAUUCAGUUGCCACGACAAACAUGUAACGUCAUGCGCAUGUCACUCAUUAUCUCAUUCAUGUCCGUCACUCAUUCCGUCCUGUGUUCUCAUCACAUAAUUAUGUUCAAUAUGUUUGUCAACUGGCCAAAAUUGUUUACAUCAUAAUACUUGUCAAAUCGUUUGUUUUUCUCUCAAUUAUUCCAAUUUCUAGCAAAGGGUAAUAAUUUCUGUUGUUAAUUAUAUCACUAGAAUAAAUACUGAUCAUCC